ACACUCUAAUUAUAUCUUCAACUUUACUCAUACAACUGUAAUGCAAUGUGAUGUAACACCGAUUCAUUCAUUCAUAGUUCAUUAGUUCUUGUCUUGUUUCUUCUACCUCCAACACUGUCUUUUUGUUCACACCUAGGAUCAUCACCAUUUUCAGUCGCAUGUUCAUGUUGGAACCCAGAUUCAGCAGUGUCCUUUUUCCGUGGCUUCUAUGUUGGAGCUUGGUUCCAAUGGCGGAAUCUGCCAUAGGAGUGAACUGGGGCACCAUUUCAUCCCACAGGCUGAAGCCAUCGACGGUGGUUGAUCUUCUGAGAGAGAACAAGAUCCCAAAAGUGAAGCUUUUUGAGGCAGAUUCUGAUGUGUUAAGAGCACUCAUAGGGAGUGGGAUUCAGGUGAUGGUUGGGAUCCCCAAUGAGAUGUUGUCACUCUUCAGUUCAUCACCUUCUUCUACUGAUUUGUGGGUUCGCCAAAAUGUCUCUGCUUAUAUGGGUAAAGGGGGUGCUGAUAUCAGAUAUGUUGCUGUUGGAAAUGAGCCCUUCCUUUCAAGUUAUAAUGGUCAAUUUCAGAACUUGGUCAUGCCUGCAAUACUCAAUUUACAACAGUCUUUAGUCAAAGCAAAUCUCGCUGGUUAUGUAAAGCUAGUUGUUCCUUGCAAUGCAGAUGCCUAUGAAUCCUCAGGACCCCCUUCCCAAGGGGCGUUCCGGCCUGAAUUGACUCAAAUUAUGACUCAACUGGUUCAAUUCCUCAACUCAAAUGGUUGCCCAUUCGUUGUUAAUAUCUACCCAUUUCUUAGCCUUUAUGACAAUGGAGAUUUCCCCCAAGACUACGCAUUCUUUGGGGGAACUACUCAUCCUGUUCAAGAUGGUUCCAAUGUUUACACCAAUGCAUUUGAUGGAAACUAUGACACUUUAGUUGCAGCCCUCAACAAACUUGGAUAUGGUCAGAUGCCAAUAGUUAUUGGAGAAAUUGGUUGGCCCUCAGAUGGAGCCAUUGGUGCAAAUAUCACUGCUGCAAAGGUUUUCAAUCAAGGCCUUAUCAAUCACAUUGCUGGUAACAAAGGGACCCCCUUGAGGCCAGGUGCUCCACCUAUGGAUGUUUAUCUUUUCAGUCUGCUUGAUGAAGGCGCUAAGAGCACACUUCCUGGAAACUUUGAAAGACACUGGGGAAUUUUCUCUUUUGAUGGACAGGCAAAGUAUCCAUUAAACCUUCUACUUGGAAACAAGGAAUUGAAAAAUGCAAGGAAUGUUGAGUAUCUUCCAUCUAGAUGGUGUGUGGCAAACCCCUCCAGUGAUUUGACUAAUGUAGUAAACCAUAUGAGACUUGCAUGUAGUGUUGCAGAUUGCACCACUCUUAACUAUGGAGGUUCAUGUAACGAAAUUGGUGAGAAGGGUAAUAUAUCUUAUGCUUUUAAUAGUUAUUAUCAGCUGCAAAUGCAAGAUUCCCGAAGCUGCGAUUUUGAUGGCCUUGGUAUGGUUACUUUCCUAGACCCUUCAGUUGGUGAUUGUCGUUUUCUUGUAGGGGUUACAGAUAAAGGCUCGAAUUCGUCUUCAUCUCAAACAACAUGUCAGUGGUGGAUUCUAGUGUUACUUCUGAUUUUACACGGGACAUUUUUGCUUUCAAUGUGACUGAGGUUUCAUAAGUGGGUUUUUUCACGGUCCCCUCUUCUGAGACUGUUAGAACUAGAAUAGCUGAUAUACUACUGAAGCUUAGAAAUAUUCAAAAGAUUCAUGGUUUGCAGCCCAGCAUGUGGUUAAGUCAUUGUACCAUAUAAUAGACGGUAUAAACAUUGUCACUAUGUAUUGAAUAUUACUCAUAUUUAUUUUGGGGAACCCUAUUUAAUUAAUUGAAUGAAUCAGAAUAUAAUUUAUUGGUUCAACUC